AUGACAGGCUGGGGGUGCGCGGGGUCAUUUCCCGAAGGCAGGGCGCAGGAACCGCAGCGCCCAUGGCCCCCCAACCCCGCAGCCUUCCUGGCCACACCGGGCGAGGGCCCCCCCUCGGGCACCAUCCCCGGGUGGGCGUGCGAGGGGCCGGGGGCCGGCGGCAAGAACCGGCGCGUGUGCCACGCCGCGGCACGGCUGGAGAUGGGCAGCCUCUGGGAGGAGUUCAACCGCCUGGGCACCGAGAUGAUCGUCACCAAGGCGGGCAGGAGGAUGUUCCCCACCUUCCAGGUGAAGCUGUCGGGGCUGGACCCGUCGGCCGACUACGUCCUGCUGAUGGACUUUGUCCCGCUGGAUGACAAGAGAUACAGGUACGCCUUCCACAGCUCCUCCUGGCUGGUGGCCGGCCGUGCCGACCCGGCGGCCCCCGGCCGCGUCCACUUCCACCCCGACUCGCCCGCCAAGGGGGCCCAGUGGAUGCGGCAGAUCGUCUCCUUCGACAAGCUCAAGCUCACCAACAACCUCCUGGACGACAACGGCCACAUCAUCCUCAACUCCAUGCACCGCUACCAGCCCCGCUUCCACGUGGUGCUGGUGGACCCCCGGCGCGACAGCGAGCGCUUCGCCCACGAGAACUUCAAGUCCUUCAGCUUCCCCGAGACCCAGUUCAUGGCGGUGACGGCUUACCAGAACCACCGGAUCACCCAGCUGAAGAUCGCCAGCAACCCCUUCGCCAAGGGCUUUCGGGACGGCGAGCCCGAGCCGUGGUAAGGUGCUGGGUGCU